AUGACAAGGCUGGCGGUGGAGAAAGAAGCUCUGAAAGAUCAGGUUCCUGCCGCCUGCAGAACUGCCACUGCCUUCACCUUCAACAUCCUGACUUGUUCGGUGCUGCCCGGACUUGCGGGCUCCGAGUACUUCUGCCUGCAGCGGGGACCUUCCCACCGGCCCCAAACCACCGUCCCCCCAGGAGUUUCAUGCAUGCCCGAAAGUCUACUGGGCACUCCCUACAAGGAGCAAGCAAGGGGUCGCUGGCCUCCGGAAGGGGUCCUAGCCGACAGCAGGGUCUCCGUCCCUCCGAAGACCUUUCGUUGCCCACUUCGCAUUAAGCCUCCAGGAAACCAGGCCCAGAAGGCCCGGCGGCUGCGCAAGGACCGCCUCCUCCCAGAGGCCCCAGCGGCACCGCCCAAGGACCGCCUCCUCCCAGAAGGCCCGGCGGCUGCGCAAGGACCGCCUCCUCCCAGAGGCCCCAGCGGCGCCGCCCAGUCCUCGCGAGUCUGCGGCGCUAGCAGGAGUCCACCUCGCUGGAUAGGCGGAGGGUUUGGACGCUGGUGUCUACGCUUGAGGAGGCCGUGCCUGUUCGCCGCUGGCCGUGCGUGUGGCUGGAUUUGGAACGGGAUUGCGCUGUUACUUGACGUCGAAGCUCUCUCUCACCCUCGGGGGCUCCCGGCUACCGCCAAACCAGUCUCUGCCCGUUACUGCUGCAUCUGUGCCUUGUCACCGUGGAUUCUGUGUCCCCUUCUUUGCACAGCUGAGGGGACAGCCAUCCACUCACUUUCCAAAGACGGUAGUGCUCGUCUCAUCAAUGUGUUUUUUCUGUUGGCUUACUUUUAAAUUAGCCCUUUUAUUAGGAAAUAUAACGCAGUUAUAUCCUGAAGUAUAAUAUAAAGGUUAAGUAAUUACUGAACAGACAUUUCAUCAUGUACAACAAAAAAUAGAAUGGUAUCAGGCCCUUAACAAAUACACUCCCAUGCCUCCUUCCUGCGGAAACCACUAGCCUGACUUUUAUGACAAUUACUUUCCUUUUCUUUACAGUUUUAUCACAUAUUUGGAAACUUGAUUUAUGACAAAAGCAGCAAGACAUAGCAAUGGAGAAAAAAAAGAAUGUCUCUUCAACGAACAGUCUGCUACAAUAGGGUAUACUUAUGAACAAAAUAUAAAAUGAGACCCCUAUCUUACUUCAUCGCAACUCUCAAUUCCAGGAGGAUUAAAGGCCUAAAUACAUUUCCGACUUUUGAAUGGGGAAAAAGUCCUUAAAUAAAAAUAGAAAAAUGUUUUUUGUUUUUGUUUUAAAAA